CUAGACACCGAGGUUUGAUCAUCUGACCUUCCUUCUCUGACGCAAGCAGCCUGUUUCAUCAUGAAGAUUUUGAUCUUCUGUUUUCUUCUUCCUGCUUUUCUUGGGGCGAGUGACAGCAACUCACUCUUCAAAGCUCUCGAUCUUGACGGCAACGGUAUUCUGCAGCUGAACGAAUCGAUGGAUUUUUUUACCCAAAUGGACACAAAUGACGAUGGACAGGUAAGUCUUCUGGAGUACAUGGCCAGUCCUACAGUCGGGCUAACUCCAUCAGGUGUCCAGGCCGCCUACAACAACUACGACAAACUGGACGGCAAUGAAGAUGACGUCAUUGACCAAUCGGUUAUUCAUUUCAUUUACGAGAUGAUGGACACGAACAAUGAUGGAGAAAUCUCACCUGAAGAGUACGAAAUGAACAGCGUGGGAAUUUGGAAAGGUUUUGUUGACGAACUGCAGGCCUUAAAGGAAUAAUACGCCUAAUGUAAACUGUACACGCAAGAACCUAAAAAUAAAAUUUCACAUUCUCCAAGGCAUGACGGAAUGUGUUUGUUGUGCUUGUUAUAUCAUUAGUGUCAUUGUAAACAGUGCAAAAACAUCUUAAUGGGAGGGAGGUCCAGAAGAGUUUGAACACUAGAUAGAAAAGACAAAAUCAAGCCUCACCAUUUGAUAGUAUUCAUAUCCAAACUCUACCAAUGAUGUAAGUACAGUGCCACAA